ACUGCGGACACAGUACAGGGGAUGACCAGAGACUGCAGACACAGUACAGGAGAUGACCAGAGACUGCGGACACAGUACAGGGGAUGACCAGAGACUGCGGACACAGUACAGGAGAUGACCAGAGACUUCGGACAUAGUACAGGAGAUGACCAGAGACUGCGGACACAGUACAGGAGAUGGCCAGAGACUGCAGACAUAGUACAGGAAUGACCAGAGACUGCGGACACAGUACAGGAGAUGACCAGAGACUGCGGACACAGUACAGGAGAUGGCCAGAGACUGCGGACACAGUACAGGAGAUGGCCAGAGACUGCGAACACAGUACAGGGAAUGACCAGAGACUGCGGACA